UUGAAACUGGAAAAUCUAAUGGUGGAUGUACAUGGCUAUCUGAAAAUCGUGGAUUUCGGCCUGAGCAAAGAUGGUUUCAGAUAUGGAGAUCGCAGUAAGACCCGGUGCGGAACAAACUGCUACAUGGCCCCAGAGAUCAUUGAUGAGAUGGCAUACAGCAGGGCCGUUGACUGGUGGGCCCUUGGGGUUGUGUUAUAUGUCAUGAUCAUGUUCCAGUUCCCAUUUGAUGCAGAAGAUGACAUGGAAUUAUUUGAGAGCAUCAGGAAUGACAAACCUGCCCUGACAGAGGAAUUGUCAGAGGAAGCUCAGUGCCUAAUACUAAGAUUACUGGAGAAGAAUCCAUGUCGUCGCCUCGGAUACAGCGAGGCCGGUGCUGAAGAGGUUAAAGCCCAUGAAUUCUUUGAAGAUAUUGAUUGGGAAGAAUUUCUUGAAAGAGAACUGAUGCCUCCAUUUAAACCAGAUGUCAGUGGCCUUACAGAGAGUACCAGGCAAUCUGAAUGCCAAGCCUGGGGAUUAAUGCCACCAGCUGAAGCGAUAUCACCAGAGGCACAAGAGCUAUUUGAAGGAUUUGACUAUUCAGCUGAGUGAGAGGCAAUUGCAAGGGGCAGAUAUAUGGCUGGAAAGGGCGGGUGGUGGGCCAGUCCAUAUACAAAUCAGAAGCCUCAAUGACUUGACGUUAAUAUCAGAUGCCCCAAGUCAUCAGUUUCUGAAGGAACAGUCUAAUGGCGGCGCCAAAGUAUCUGUACGUCAGCCUUAAGGGGCAGAGUUCUGGACUGAGAUUCAAAAGAGACCCUGGCAUUUCAAGUACAGAGAUCCGAACAGCCCCUUGUGGCAUUUGCCAGAAUCUACAGAUUGCCACUCUGGGCCUGCCCCAGAUACACAUGAGAAGCCUCAUUGGUACAAAAUGGAUAUCAGAUUCCCCGACAUCAAGUUGUGGAGGAACAGCCUAAUGGUGGAACAACAGUACCUGCAGGUGAGCCCACGUUCUUACAGAUAAACCCUUUAUAAGUUCAGUUACUAACAGCCAUUAGCAAAUGUUAUGUACUUGUUUAAUAAUAACAAAUAAUUGCACCAUUUUAAAGUUUCAAAUGUUUCCACAGCAAAACUUGCAGAUUACUAAACAAAAGUCUCCAUCUGCAUCAGCCAAAAAAGGUCUAGUACCAAGGUAAGAACCAACUCUUUCAUUUCACACCCAAUAUUUCAAGUCAAAAUGUAUUUUCAUAUUGGACCAACUUGUAUCUCAGGUUUAAUGGGCGUUUAGAUGAAAUUGCUGCUGUGUUUCUGUUUCUCAGGAGUGAGAUGGAGGCGACUGCGGUCAAAGGAAAUCUUAUCGAGUUCUCCCCUGCGCUCUCCUAGGAACCCAGGAUAGGAAGGAGCUGCUCUCAUAUAUUUCAAGUUUUUCAUAAUACAUUUUCUAUUAGAUCAACCUGGGUUAUAAUUAAAGGGGAACUACUGGAAAAUGGAAAUUUAAUAUAAGCUUUAUCUCAUGGAAAUUACCAAGUUACUCUUCACUCUCUCUUUCUCUGCAAUCUGCCUCUCUAUAGGAAAACUUUGUGCCGGUUAUUUUGAUAGACAGCUCUGAUACAUUGUCUGGGCAAAGGGCGCAUGUACCAUGAGGUAUUAGAGCUAAAUGCCCAUCAAACUCUGACUCUGACUCCUGCAUGGAAAGAGACAGAUUGCUGAGAGGGGGAUAGAGAAGAGGAAUUUGAUUUGUUGAAAACUGUAAAUUAUUUUAUUGAUUAUACUUAUACAGUUUCUUAUUACAAGGAGUUAAAGCUGAUAUUACAUUUUCACAGUAGUUCCCCUUAGUGACCAUUUAUAUCUAAUUAUUUCUGUUUAUUUUCCAGGUAUGAGAUGGAACGGCUGCAGGGAAAGGAAAUCUCAUGUAACCCCCUACUGAGCUCUCUGAGGAACCUCGGCCAGGAAGAAGCUAUUGCUGCUGAGCUCCACCAGGCGUCUUAUGAUGGUCUGCCAUUUCUGGGCAAUGCUGCAUUCAAACGUUAUGGUUUAUGGUGGCCGCCCCUAUCCUGAUGAACCUGGCUAAAUGCCCCUUUUGCCUAAUGAUUAGACCUAACUUUAUGUAUGACACUAGAAGAACAAUGUAAAUAUAUGAAAAUAAAACAUGCUAUUUUUGAA